AUGGCGACGAUCGUACGCACACUAUUUUCAUCGAAACGCCGCAAAACGGACGCCCAUGCAGCAGCAUCGACGUCGACGAGCGGUCCGACGUCUUCUUCUUCUUCGUCUUCGUCGUCCUCCUCAGCGACUUCCGCCCCCAUUCCCAUCUUCCAUGUCAACAGCUUGCCCUACUCGCCAUCUCGUGAGUCGAUCCUGCAAAAAUGACUGUAGAUCAGUGAGGAAAUGUAGAAAAAUAAAGACGCGUCAAGUGUUCUUUUUUCACUUCGAUAGCUUGUACUAGCCUUUUAGCGAAAGUCACCCAUGGAAAAAGUUGAAUAAAAGUACAGAAAAAAAAAAAAAAUGUAAGACAAAAAGUGACAAGGAUUUUUUUCUUCGCAAUACUUGCACGGGCCUGAAAAAAACGAGUAAAUGAACUGAAUCAGUAGAAAAUUGUUGAAACGAGCAGUGAAAAAACGCGUAAAACCCUCUUUUUCACCUUAAGAGUCUGCCAAAUAGAGCAUUUUUUGAUCUAAAGUUUUGGUUCUCCUUACCAAAAACCCCUUUAUUUUGAGAAAAAAAAACCGUGAAGUUUUCAUUUUCACUUCAAAAGUCUGCCAGAAACAGCAUUUUUAGCCUUAAAAUUUGUAUCAUUUACACACAAAAUCCUUUAUUUUUGAGGGAAAAAAUGCGUUGAAUGUUCUUUUUUCACUCUCAUAGCUUGUACUAGCUUUCCUUCGAGUAGAUCUUAAAAAAAACAGAAUAAAAGUAAUUAAAUUAGAACUGGAAUAUUGAGAAAUAUAGAGAAAAACACGUGAAAAUCUCCAUUUUUCACUUCAACACUGUGCUUUGAGAAGAUUUUUUUAAUUUCAAGAAAAAGUGGCUAUCUCUUUUUAUAUUUUUAUAUUCUUUUUUUACUUGCCUUAUCAUUCUUAGAUCGAAAAGAAAGAUGAGUUUUACUGAACUUCUGAAGAUUUCUAUCAAUAAUUCGAGAGGCUCAAAUUUGAGAAAAUCUGGACUUUUUUGAAUCUUUCCAGUAAAAAGCUUGUUCGCCUUCUGAGUGGAUGAAAAUAAAAUUCGUGUUUUACUGAAUUUAUGACCGUCUCUAUGACGAAAAUUCUUGGAUUUUGAAGGAAAAGGAUAUAAAAUUAAGGGAAUCUUGACUUUCUUGACGAAUUUUUUAAGAAAAAAAAUUUUUUCUUAAUUUUCAUCUUCUAUCAUAUGAUCUUGAGUCUUUUUUUCAUUUUCUUCUGAUCAAAAAUCAUUAGAAGAAGAAAAAAAGGAAAAACUUUUGUACCUUCUAUAGGCGUGACACGAAAAAAAUAAAUAACUGAUCCAGAUGUUUGCCGUACUCUCUGGAAAAUUAUAUUUUAUUGUACUUUUCACCUCGUCUCCAGUGCAAUUGUAAUACUCGGAGGCGCGCGACUUACUAUAAUCGGAUCAUUUUUUUGUCUGACAUUUUUGAGAGUUGGGUCUGGUUCUACUGCCCUUUUCAUUGUUUUUCUGUAUUUUUCCUUCAUGAAGAUAGUUCCAGGUUCGAUGAGACCCCCAGCCGGUCCCAGGACGAGACUCGAGCGGAAGACCUCAAGAGACACGGCCGCCAGUUCAAGCAGCGCGCCGGAUAGCCUUUGGUAAAUUUUUGAAAUAAAUGUGCGCUCUAUCGAGAAUAAUCCUGAGGAAAUAGGUUUGAAUCAGUUAACAAAAGGUUCUUGGCUUUUUUUUGAAAUGGACAGUUGCUCCAUUGAGAAUAUUUCCCAGCGUAUGAGUUUCCAGCUAUAGAAUGAGGCCUUUUGGAGACUUUCCGCUCAUUUUUAGGCAAUAGUGGGCUAUAUCAAUAUUUUUUUAUAAUUUUGAAAUUUUUUUCGUAAAAUGUUCGUAUAUAGCCUGUUUUGGAAAGGAAUUGGCGCAGAUUUUUUUUUCUUUCGGUGGUGACUGUUUUUUUUUUUGCGUGUUUUGCGCUCUGUUGAGAAACUUUGUGAAAUAGUUCAAAAAAAUCGACUGUAAGGCCGUUUUAAAAGAGAAUUUGUGCUCUAACGAGAUUUGGUCCCUAUAUUUUUUUAGUCUUUUGUCUAUAAAAGAAAAAUUUAUUCAGUCAUUAAUUUUUUCUCUUAAGACUAUUUUUUUGUGGUCUUUGCGCUCUUUUUGAUGAUUUUUUUAUCUAUUUUUUUAAGAUUUCAUUUUUUACAUGAAGGCUGUUCGGAAUAUUUCCGAGAGUAUUUGUGCAGUUAAGAAAAGUUAUAUUCAUUGAAAAAUGACCAAUUUUCAGUACACAAAUCAUCCAUACGCUGGACGCGGAAGAUGUCCGAUUCGUACUUGUCGAGUACGACAAAACGAUGCCAGUUUUCGACACGAAAACGGUCGUGCCGCGGAGCAAAUGGACGCCGGAAGAAAUCGCCGUCAGAGAUCCCAAAAAGGAGUUUCAUGUGCGUUUUUUGGGGAAAAAGGGCUCUACUUUUUAUCCUGUGAAGUUUCAUUCGCCACUAUUUGUAACUGUCUAACCUGUCUGCGCUCUCUAUCCUCUCAUCAUUCAAAGCCGGUGAGAGAUUGAGAGAGCACAGGCAAGUCAGACUGACCGGAUUCGUUGCGAUAUCAAAGACUUUUACAUGAAUCGCCACGGAAAAGUCUGACCUGUCUGCGCUCUCUUUCCUCUCAUCAUUCAGAGCCGAUGAGAGAUUGAGAGAGCACAGACAAGGCGGACAGAUCGAAAUCGUAGCGGUACGACAAUCAAAAUUCUUAUAAUGACUUCUUCAAGAUUCGCAACAGUCUAACCUGUCUGCGCUCUCUUAUCUCUUACCGAAAAGAGAAAAGAAAGAAAAUAACAAAAUAGCAUGUAAAAUGAGAGAGGGAUAAGAGAGCACAGAUAAAUCAAAAUUUUUCAAGUUCUGCCGUGAAAUCGGUUUUAAAAAGAAAAAGUUUUUCGGAUCUCUUUUUAGUUUUCUGUAGUCGAUGUCCUUUUUUCUCAUUUGGCUUCAAUCUGCUCAUCUAUAGAAUAUUUCCAUUCCAGUUCCGAAAGCCGCGAAGUGACAUAAAAAUGAUUGGAAACAUGGCCUUUGGCUCGGUUCCAACCGUCAGCGGCAGUGAUUCGUUCAAAAUACACACGUUACAGUGAGUAUACCAUUUUUAAAUGAUCUAUUGAAACUUAAAAUUGUUCAGAGAUGAAGAACAGAUGCUCAUGAGCAAGGUCUUCAGUGUGCCGAAGAUGAAGCAGGCAAGGUGAGGAAAUUUAUUUCGAGAGAAUGGUUCACGAUGCGUGGCGGUCGCCCAGCGUUUCCGAAUCCCGAAUUUAGAAAAAAAUAAUUUUUGUUGUGGACAAGUGACAACUGUAGUUUUUUUGAAAAUUGAGAUCGAUUUUUUGUGACUUGCGACCUAUUUUCUGCCCUCGUAAGAAAAUGGAAGACUAGCUAACUGUAUAUUUUCAGAAAAGACAGCGAGUCGGUGGCUUCAUCGGACUCGGAAACUCAAAGUAACUACAAUACGCUGAGGUCUUUGGACGGACUCUGGGCCAGUAAAGGACGGUCGACGACUGCGACGCCAGAAUCCUUCAGCAGGGUUGGUAGAUGAAAUUGAGAAGAAUCCGACGAAAAUUUGAAUAUUGAUACUUUCUUGCUUGAUGAGGCUUUUGACCAAUGAUUUUAAAUUCUUAUAUUCAAAAUUGAGGCUUCAGGUCCGACACAUCAGCUACACGAUCGGCGACGACGACGACGAGCGAAUCUGUGGCACGACGAGUCUCCAACGAGAAUCCUUCUCGCCGCCCUACCGUCUCUCGCACAAUCGCCGCCGACAGAUGGCUCACAAGACGAGUCUUUCAGAAAAUAGUUCGUUUUGAAGCUACAAAAUGGAGAAAAAUAACAUGAGAAAAAAGUGGAAAAAGAUUGGAAUGUUAGUGGAGGAGAGUAGAAAGUAAUAGGCGCAACUGGCUAGGCUCUAUGCGGACUAUUCGAGCUCUAAUGAUAAUAUGAAAUUCAAAAAAUUGAGAAAAGACUGAAAUAUUAGUCAAGAAGAGUAGAAAGUAACAGGCGCAUUUGGCUACGCUGUAUAACUACAAAUAAUGGUGAAAUAUAAGAGAAAAAAGGUAAAGAUUAGGUUCUUGGUGAGGAGAAAGUAAUAGCCGCAAGUGACUGGACUAUUUGCGUUCUAAUGAUAACAAGAGAUUAAAGAAAUUGGGAAAAUUGAAAAUAGUGGUUCGGGAUGUAGUUGGGGAAUACAUUUUAGACUAACUGCGCUCUGAUGAUAAUAAGAACAGAAGGGAUGUUUUUUUGUGACGUGGGAGCUUUUUGAGCACUCCUGGCAGUUCAAUUUUGAAAAAAAAUAGACGCGAAGAAUGGUCUUGUGCGCUCUGAGGAUAAAGAGCUCAAAAUUCGUUCGAAGCUUUAUCCUGGGAUAAAUUAUUUUUUUCGCCGGUUUGGGUUUCUUUCUUCUUAAAGGGCAGCUUCUCAGACUUUCGGGUUUAAGAAGACUUUUUUAUGUUAUUGAGAAGAAAUAGCCGCGAUAAAUCGGCUUAAAGGAGUUUUUUGCGCUCUUUGGAUAAUUUAGCAAUUAAUUUUUUUUGGAUAAAAAUUGUGAGCUUUUUUUGGAGGAGUAAAUCUUAGUUUUUGGGAAAUGUACUGGGAAAAAAAAAUUGUCCUAACUAAAGUAUUCUCUCUGCCGCGAUUUUCUCGUGGUUCCUUUCAAAUUCCAACUUGAAAACCAUUUUCUAUCAUUUUUCACCCACUCAAAGCAAACAGACGAAAAAAUCGCAUAAAAACAAGAAAAGCGGAAGUGAUUUUCUCUUCGUCGGUUCCCGAACAUUUCAUCCACGAAACUGGCCGUUAAACAAGCUUGUCGUCUCGGGAAAACCGACAUAAAUUUCCUUGAAACGGCACAGGAAGGGCGAAAAAUGAUGCCCCAAUUAAGAAUCGCAACAUUCUUUGUCAAGGAAAUGGGCUUAUCUCUUUUUGAAAAAUCGAAGGUUUUCAUGGAAGUUUAUUUCAACUGAAAGAAGAUAGAAAAUUUUUAUUAUCAAUGGAGCGCAAGUGACAUCCAGAAGCCAUACAAUGGCGGCGAUUUUUUCUGGCUUUCAAAAAAACAGCCACUCAAGGUUAUGAAUUUAAAAGUAAGCAAAUGACAUCAUUCUCUUCAAUUUUGAAUCCAUAUUCGUCAAAUACAAGCCGAUAUCGGACCAAAUCAAAUCAUUUCCGGUCAUUUUCCUUUCGGCCCGAACACUGAUCAGUCAGGCAAUUAUCACAGGAAAUUCGUGUGUCUCGCCCCAAUCGCUCGUUUUUCGCCCCUCUUCCCUUCUCCGCCGCAUUCCUUUCGAGAAAACGAAGAGAUACUCUAUAGAUAUUGUCUGUAUCGGUCGUCUCUCUCCGGUCAAAAACAACCCCCAUUUCCGUUUCCUGAUAAACGGCAUCAUCAUCAUGAUGAAAGGUGCAGAAUGGUUGACCUCAACGAGAGUAUCAAAUAAAGCAACACAUAGAAAAAAAGAUGGGUGAUACCAGAGUUAUUUCAAGAAUGGGGAAAAAAACGUUUUUUCGUCAAUUAGUGGCACUUGAACUUUAAUUUAUAUGUUUAAAGGGCAUUCCCGGAGUCAUGACCAAAAAAAAUUCGAGAACCAAAUUAAUUUUGCGGUUUUGAUAUUAAGCAAUAUUCAAAUGUUCAAAGCUGAGAUCUCUAUAGAACAGAAAGACUCAAAAAAACUAUUUUUUUAUAAAUUGAAGGCUAUUUUUGUCAUGUUUUCUGCGCUCUGUUGAGAAUCUUCUUGAAAACUGACUUUUUCGAGUUUUUACGAGUGAAAAAAGAGGCUAUUUUGUCUCAGACUCUUGCGCUCCAUUGCUAAGUUUGCAUCUUAAAUAUUGAUUUUUUUCGACUUCUUUUCUGUGACGAAAUUAAUUUUUAGGCUUGGUUUUCGAAAUUUUGAAAAAAGCGGAAAGUAUUUUUUUUUCUGCAGCCUCGGGUAAAAAGAAAUCAGCACAAUAAUCAGUCAUCCCCAUCAGGAUUUUGCGCUCCAUUGAGAAUUCCUGUCUAACUCCGUAUUAUCAAUGUACAGAGAUGUCAUAUUGUGAAAGGUCUAUGCGAGGUCUAUGGGUUUUGGCGGCGAAUAUAUUUUCCCCGAUUAUCAGAUUAUUUGGCGGUUGGCUGUUGAUUUGAUACGCUCUCCGGUUCUGUGUCCUGCGACACCUAGAUCAUUGAUUUAUGAAUGUAAAUAAUAUUAGUGAGGGGUCGGAAAAAACUCAAUUUUGAUUGAGAAGUCGGAAAAGAGGAUCGUGAAGUUCGGAAGUUCAGAAUAGAGCACGUUUAAUUUUUGAGUUCGGAGCUGAUAAAAGCGAUUUUUGGCUCGGAAGUGGUAAAGGACGGUCGCAAAUUUUUUUAAAAAAAGUAUUGAAUUUCGGAAUUGCAGGUCAGAAAUACCAAUUUUUAAAUUUUCCAAGUCAGAAAGGCAGGGGUAGAUUCUAAAACAUCAAAGAAAUUUUGAUUUUUAAGAUUUCAAGUCAAAACUUUCAAUUUUUUUGAUUCAUAACAGAGAAAAAUCAGUAUAAAAAAAGUUAAAGAAUUUAUUUUUUUCGAUUUCAAUUUUUAUUUGGCUCGAUUUUUGGUCAAUUUCCUUUGUUUAUUGAGAAAGCUAGAGCAAGUAAUAAUUUUUUUCGGAGGAUCUCACAUUUUAGCUAAAGAUGAGCCCUCAGGUUCUGUAUAGGCGGUAAAGAUCGGUAGAAGUUUUUUUGUGGACUUCCUUAAGAGCCGAGGACAGGAAAUCCUAUUUUUUUAGAAAUUUUACUUGUAUUUUUCACUAUUGGAGAGAACGUACACUUGAAAACGCGCACAAACACGCAUUUCAAUGCCAAAACGAUGACGUGAUGGCGCCAAACGCAGACUUUGCUGAGUUCAGCGUUUGAUAUGAUUAUGUUUGUAGCAGUUUUGAGUUGUUGGUAUUGGAAUGGGGAAGUUUUGGUUGGAAAGAUUGUCAUUGAACAGAAAUAAGCUGGAGAAUGAUUCACAGGAAUGAUGGAAUAAACUCACAAGGGAGGUCUUUUCACUUUGCGGUUGGGAACUUCCUCAAAAUUGGCCAGAGUACUUUUUUGUGUAGUAGAUGAAGCUCCUGAAAGUCUCAAAUCUUCAUGGUUUUCGAGGAAAAACGUCACAAAGAGAUAGUCAAGCUCAUGGUUUUGGCUAUUUUCACACUUUGAGACUUUAUUCUCCAAAACCUAGGAACUUUCGCAAGUUGGAACUGCCAGAAGCUUCAACUGGAACAUCGAGGAGCUUUCUGGCCAAUUUUUAAGAGAUUCUGAUCAGCAAAGAGAAAAACCUUCCUUGUAAAGAACUCCAGAAUCUCAACUUGCGAAAAUUCCUAGUUUUCGGUAAAGAACGUCCUCUAACAAAAAUGAGGGUUUACCCCGCAGUGAACCCCGAAAAAAGUGAACUUUUCGUUAAUGUUUGCGCUGCACCCCGCGUUGGAACUGAAUGGGGUGAACCCCUGGGGCAACCGGUCGGAAAUAAAAAGUUUUUUUUAAGCUACCGUAACGACCUAAGAUGAAACAGUACAAAAUGGUGAUAUUGGGAAACAAACCACUUCGAAAUCGUUUACGGAAGAAUUACCUUAAUAGGCAUUUAAAGCUAAACGGGGUGCACCCCUGGUUACACUGCGGGGUGCAACGAGAGUUCGACGCGGGGUGCACAGCAAUUUUUGUUAGAGGACCUUCUCUUGAGGAAAAAGAGAAGAAACUAUGAAAGUCUUGCUCUUGGAACUGUGAUAAUGAAUUUUUCUUCUCCAGAUGCCGUCCCAUCGGGCUGGAAGUCAAGGUCAAGACUCAGCUCGUGUGGAUCGCAGAACGACGAAGAUGGCAACCGGACGUUGGCCUUUGGCGUCUUGUUCCGGUUCACCGAACGGCAGUUUAUGUUUCAGGUUGAUUUUUCAUCGACAUGGGAUCCUGAUGAUGUUAUUUCAGCACAUGCCAUUGAUUGAGUCGGAGCUGAGCCGUUUGGAGUCGCGGAUCACGAAUGCGGCUUCGAAUUAUCCGACUUUCCUGACCAACGUCAGCAAGGUUGGUUGCAGAGUUUUCGAGUAGGGUCCAGUCAAGAAAAGUUAAAAGAACAUUAGGUUUAGCAAUAUAUAAAUUUAGGUCUGUUUAUUCUGAUUUCUAGUGUGAAUUCUUACCGUUAGAUCUACUAUAAUACAUAUGGCCGGUAAAAAAAUGAAUUUUGAGAUUUUUUUGAACCAAUUUUUAGAACUUUUUGUUGUAUCCCAAAUGUGUAUUUGAAAUUGCAGAAAGUCUGUGUCUUGAAAAAAAGAAAACUCAAUAUUUGACCAGUUAAAGCGAAAGAUCGGUGUACAGAAGUUUGACUUACCGUAAUCUCAUUAUAUUGUUUACAAAUGUUUUCUUUUAAUUUAGUUCUCUACAAAUGUAGGAAUAUGCGUAGGAGUUUUUAUAUCAAGACCGAUAUUUACUGGUCUUGGGUCUUCUGUUUCAAAUAAAAUUUGCUUUUUCCCUUUUUUUUUGUCCUUUUUCUAAAUUUGAGCUCUGCAUGAUUUCAUCUUUAAUCAAGUCUCAUGAUGUUUUUUAAAUGUUGUCAUGCUGAUUUUUCUCCUUUUUCAACUUUUCCUCUUCUCAGGCCUGGGAAGAGCUGUCAGAAACGAUCUGCCAACUUCACAACGCGCCUCGAAUCCGCCGUCCGGUCUGGUUGUCGCUGAACGAACGGGCGAGCGACGAGAAAAGCGUCGCCUCGGUUUUCUGCAACCAACUCGCGACCCUCGUCCAUCGCUACGACACCAAGAACACGAAAUAGUGGGAUUUUUUGGUCAGGGAGCAGGAAGAAAUUGCGGUUUUUCAGCUUCGUGUCGAACUUGAUCUCGACGGUGUUGAUGCACCACAUGUCGUGGGUAGCUAGCGUCGCUUCGCCGCCGAUUCGGCCAGACGCCAGAGCCAAUCCCGACAGGAAUCUCUUCAUUGGCAUGGUGGGUUUCGGGAUAUCUAUAUAAUGAAAGCCUUGAAUAAAUAGCGGCCUCACAUUUCCAUGUAAACAAUAUUUUCGACCAUUAAGUCCUGUAGAAUGACAUUCGUCAACUUCUUUACUCAGUAUUCAAAAAUAACCAGGAAUUUGGUGAAAGUGCGCUCCACGGUUAAACGAUUUAUUAUUAGACCCUUUUUUCUCGUCAAAUCCGAACCUUUCUGAGCAUUGCUAGUGACCACUUUAGCGGCGUCAGAACUCUUAAGUGAUCCCUAGAGUUGGUCAGAAACCUCCGGGGCGCGUCCGAGCCCAGGAACGAGCAGUAACGAAUAUUUGAACAUAGAUUUUUGUAAAUCAACAUAACGGGAAUAUGUGCUCCACGGAUAAUCCAAAAUACAGAUUUUUCCGAUUUCGAUUAUUUCUGUUUCAAAAAUACAUGAAAAUUUUUUUUGUGAUUUAAUUCGCAAUCCAUCCGGUUUUAGUGCAUUAUCUUCUCAUUCAAUCGAGUUUGAAGAAAAGAGAAUAUUUUUGGACAUCUUGCAGACCUUGAACGAUGACGCUCCAUCCCUCGGGUACAACGCUCAGUUGGCCCAGUACCUGGAGCUGUCCGGCAGCAUGGGACAGCUGAGGACGGCGAAGACGGUCGUCUGCGGCGACGACGACAAACUCCUCUCAGCCCUCUGCCACAUGCUAUCCUACUUCAUCCGUUGCUCGGCCAUUCAGCACAAAGGUAAUAAUGGUUUUUAGAGAAUUUUGGGUAGAUAUCAUGGAGGUAGAAAGGCUAGGAAAGAGGAAAGUUGGUUCUGAGUUGGUAGAAUUGGUUGAAGAAAAGUCUUGCAACGGAUGAUUUUUCGAAGUCCUUGCACCACGCCUUGAAAAAUAUUCUAACUUCUUUGCUCUGUCUCUCGUUUAAAAGUGCUGUCUCUUUAUGUCUCUGUGACCUCACCGAGGAGAGAGAAGAGGCGCAGACAGACCAGAAGGGGUGAAGAAUGAAAUGAAAUAAUUUUUAAAAAUUUCCUUUUUCCUUGGAAAUUUUCCCAUUUUUUUCUAAAGCUGAUUCUAUUUUGUUUUCGUAGUGUUUAAAUUUGAGAUGGUAUGACUCGAUCAAAAAAAGCAGAAUAUUUGGUUAUUCUCAUUUUCUUUUAAGAUAGGGUAGCUUCAGAAAGCAGCUCAACAAGAUCCUCAAACUGCGUUUUUUUUUUUUGAAAGUUCCUUGUCAAACCUUUUUUUUAAAGUCUGUCGCAGCCUUUCAAUUUUCAACUUUGUCAAGGUGACCUCUGAAGAUUGACUAGCGACGAGUUUAAACAAACGUUUUUUUUUGUGUUCCUGGAAUUCGUUAUGACCCGAUUGUUGUGUCUGAACUCGAGGAGCAAAUCUGAACGUUCUUUGUGAUUUCCGCACAAACAGCCGGAAAGAGAGACGAGAGAGUUGCCUCAUCUGUUGCAACGGCAAAUCAUAUAUCUCGCCCACCUAACGCCUUUUUUUUCUGUGUAGCACUUUUCCGAGAGCCAAUCGUUUUUUUCCUGAUCUUUCCUGACUGACGGCAACAUUUGGUUUUUUCGAGGGGAUGAGGGAAAGAGAGGGGUUUCUGGCAGUUGAUAAGAUGGACUUUUGCAAGAGUUUCGAGGAGAUCAUGAUCAAAUUUUAUUGCAAAAGUUUGGAAAGUUUGCUUUUCAUGAAGACGUGAAAUGGAAUUAGGGUGCUGGAAUAUUUGGAAAUAGUUCAAAGAGCUUGAAAAUUAUGAGUUGGGAAAUUAAUAAAGCCUAUAAUUUUUAAAGGUUAAAAAGUCCCAAAAUCAAGUUUAUGUGGUAGUUAAAUAACUAUAAGUUUCAAAAAAAUAGAUAAAUUAAUAGAGUCCCCUGAAAUCUUAUUACACACAAAAAGGAAAAUUUUUCGAGUUUGGAAAAAUAUAUUGGGAAGUUUACUCCGGAAAAAUAAUAAAUUUUUUAAUUUUUUUAAGAAUCUUCGUGUAAAAAGGAAGAAUUGUAUCUUGAAAAAAAUCAGGGAAAAUGGACUUUUUAAUAAUAUAAAGGCCACUUUGAUUCAGUUUUCCUGAUCUCAUAUACAACAUUUUUCCAUAGAUUUGCUAUUUAUUUUUUUCCGCUUUCAGAUGAUGAAAGGUGCUGGCAACUACCGACGGAGCAGGCAUUUUCGCCGUCAGCGUCUGCCGCGACGCCGGACUCUGCAGCCAGUCCGCCGUCGUCGGUCAACGUCGUCUUCAUUCCCGAAAGAGGUAUCUUCUGAGUCGAACUGUGAUAGAUUUGUAGAGAAAUCACUUUAAAGUUUUUUUCAAACUUCAAAUGGUUUUUGAUUUUUUUCGGCCCUUUCUUAGAAGUUAUUGGUUCUGAAGAAAGCAUAGGUUAUUUUACCUUUUUUAAGUCAUAUAUUUAGUCUAUUUUUACUUGACUUUAUAAUUGUUAAUGUUUAAAACGAUGGACGCAUACCUGCUGUAGUAAUUGUGCGGAAACGGAGGAGUCCAAAAAUCCAUAGAAAGAAACAGUUUUUUUCAUGCUUCCGGUGUACAAGUUUAGAGUUGAACCAAGAAAAAAAUGAUGAAAGUUUAUCAGAAGGAAAAAUUUUUAAAAUAGGCGUCGCUUUUUGAAUUCUGGUUUCCCGCCGAAAUCCGCAUCGUAAAAAUAAUAAACUACUACGGUAUAUCUGAUACAUAACUGGCUUGAAACACUAAAAAGGUCCUGGCACGAUGAUAAAAGAGAGAGUGCAUGGUUGGUGGAGAGCGCAGACACGCCACGCCCCCUCAGCGUCCCAAGUUAGCCGUGAAUCGGCUAUAAUUGCUUUCAAGUUGUGAAAAUUUGAAUUUAUAGAUGUUCUCUUAAAAUUAAAAAAUUAAACUUUUUUUCAUGAUUUUUUUACGGCUCAAAAAGGAGCUUCACGGCUUGUAGGAUGUUUCGCUUUUGAUUUUGUGAACUCAAUUUCCGCAACUGUUGCCCCUUCUCCCUCUUUUGUUUAAACAGUGGCACUUUUUGAUUUUGAGCGUAUCCAUCCAUGUGUGUGUGCUCAAGAGGAAGAAAAGGACAAGCAAAUAUAUUUCUAAAGAGCGAUUGUUCUUUUCCUGAUUUUUGGUGGGAGCUUAGAGGGAUUCAGGGAUCUCUAAUGAGAUACUUCAAAAAAAAAGUAAAUUAAAGCUUUGUGUUCAGUGAGCGACGAAGACGUUCUGAACAGCUUCAUCUCGCCGUCGUGCUCCUUGGACUCGUUGCCUUCCGUCACGAAUCAUCAUGUUCAUUUGUGAGUUUUGGGAGAAUCAUAGGGACUGGUGAAAGUUCUGACCUGUUCUUUCUAAAUAUAUUGUUUACAGGGGAGAUCACCCAACGCCGUCCAUCACCCUGAUGGAUCGGCUCGAGCUGACGUGCUGCGAGACGAACGAAGUCAGCGAAGAGCUAUGGUCACCGACGUCGUCUUCGGUCAGACCUUCCGACGGCCUCGGAAGGUCCCUCUUCGUCGGCCCCGUCCCCUACUACAAUCCUCAUUUCGUCGUGUCUGCCCUGCUGAAGAAUCUCGUCAACAUGAACGACACCUUCACAAAGUUUCAAAUCGCCAUUUUACCCUUCCUAAUCAUUUCUUGAUGAAGAAUGAUGGAUGAAGUGCGGUGUUCGGAUUCGGCCAGCCAUCGAGCCACUUUCGCCUCGAUGGCGCCCUCGUCGACCUCCGUUUGCGACGUUCAGAUGCCGGACAACGUCCUGAUCUUGGCCGAUACCAAUGAUUGGACUGUUAAGGUAUAACUGAUAAGCUUCAAUCAUGGAAAUUCGGUUUAGAGGUUUUAGCUUUUCCACUAGAAAGGAAGACCUUGUGAAAUACGAAAUUCAGAUUUUUAAUAAAAAUAGGUUUCUUGAUAAGGUUAGAAAUGCACAGUUUCGUUCAAAAAGCCGUUAAAAAAAAUUCCGGAUCCAGUAUUUUUAGAAUCUAGUACAUUCAAGGGUAGGGCUUUCGCUUGAGUGAGCUUAGAUUUUUGAUUUUUCUGGGAUUUUUUUUUUGGGCCCUUAAGAAAUUCCUAUAUAUCCGAUACAUUCAAAAACUUCAAAACCUUUUUUUCCAGGUCAUGUCGAGUGAUGGCCUGGACGAGGUUCCGUCCCCAUCUGAAGCUGUUGUCCUGAUGCUGGAACAGUUUUCCGAGCUCUAUAAGAUCGGAAUAGCUCCCCACUUCUUGGUGACCUUCCUCGAAGACUCCUUGGCCGAUAUUCUGGGCAAAAGCUUGAGCCUCGUCGAGAUUGUCUGCAGAGAGCCGCCGGUGAGGAUUAGAAUGGAAAAAGGCUAUUAAAAAAGAAAAUGUUAUGAAAUGAUGAAAAAAAAAGUAUCAAAUUGUAACAGAAGUCUGUAGCAAAGACACACGAUUUAUUUUGAAAAGUUUUUUCCUCUCGAUUCCAAUUUUUCAUUGUUUAUAUUGAAGUAAAAGGUUUAACUAACCAAUUUUGAAACUCCUUCUGACAUAAAGAGAAGGACUCAAUCAGAACAUUCCUUUGAAAGAAGUUCAAAUAUUCGAACGAUUGAAUUCCAGGGAGAAGACGGAACCCUGGAGCUGUCCCCAGAAAGAGUCCGCUCCAUUGUCGGCUGUGAUCAUUCGGAUCUCCGACUCAUCGUCAACGUCGCCUCGGUCUAUUGGCCUCCAGUUCUAUCCUCCAUCUUUGGUUGA